GAGGCGUGCAUUCGCUUCACCGAUUCCUACUCGCCUUGGCUGUCUUUGAUGAGAUCGUUAAGACACGAAUUAUUUCAUGGCGAAGUCAGAAUUUGCCGGCUUAAAAUCAGAUGGUCAUUGACAGGCCUUUAAAGAAAAGGAGCAGCUUCGAAGGUUUACGAGUGCCAAAAUUCAUGAGACUUGGAGCUGACGCUGUGACGUGUUUGCAGCUGCUGUCACUAGUGACACAGAAGUUCCUGGUGUGCAUUAGUGACAAAUGCAGUGGCCAGCGAAACUCCCAUGGUCUUUCUCCUCUACAAAGAAGCUUUUUUGCCAAGAUUUACUCUGAAAGUGACCUACAGUACUGACUGCAGAUGUCUGCAAAUGUAGAAGCUGAUAAAUCACAUCUUCUUCCCUCCCCUGACUUUCCUGUUUCCUGUGGAAUUUAUACUUCUAAAUUUUUUUAAAGUUAGAUGUCUGUUGAUGACAUUUGGAUUACAACUGUGACCAUAUCUAUGCAAAGAGAUGAGCUACCCUGAGUAAUUUUGAGUUCUGUUCAGUGGAGGUACUGCUGUGGGUCAGCCAUGCUAAAGGGCAAAUGAUGGAGAUAAGCAUGAGAUCACCGUGGCACAGCUGCAUGUGUAGUCAUUCUUGAAGCAAUUACACACCUAAUUGGCUGGCAAUCUUGGCAUUUUCAAAAUAAACACAAGCCUUUUAAGAAAGGGGACGUAUUUAUGUAUGAAUAGUCAAAUAAACUUGUUGGGUGUCAUCAAUGGAGCCGUCUGGCAUUGAACAGUUGUCUGAUGACCCUGAUCCUGGAGGCAAAUCCCAAGAUCAAGAGACCAAAAAACAACAUGAAUCAGAGCAAAAAUUAUCCAAAAUAACGCAUAAUGCUUUGGAGAACAUUAAUGUCAUUGGUCAAGGCUUGAAGCACUUGUUCCAGCAUCAGCGCAGGAGGUCGUCUGUUUCUCCUCACGAUGUCCAGCAAGCUCAGGCUGAGCUGGAGUCUGACCUGGAUUUGGAAAGCCAAAGCGUCUGUGCUGAAAUUGAUGGUGUCUCCACCCACCCCACAGCUCUGAACCGGGUGCUUCAGCAGAUCAGAGUGCCUCCCAAAAUGAAGAGAGGGACCAGCCUGCACAGCAGGUGGGGCAAGGGAGAUGCCCCGAAAGGAAGCCCGCAGAUCAACAGGAGGUCUGCUCAGGAUAUUCAAUCGGGACGGCCCAGAUCAUCAUCCACUACAGAUGCUCCCACAAACUUGUCUGUGAUGGAGAUUGCUUCUUCUAUCUAUGUAGGUGGAGAGGAGGCCGCAGCAGCUGCAAUUGAGCGAUUGGAAGUUAGCAGCUUGGCACAGACCUCCAGUGCCGUGGCCUCCAGCACUGAUGGCAGCAUCAACGCAGACUCUGUUGAUGGGACCCCAGAUCCGCAGCGGACAAAAGUGGCCAUCACACACCUGCAGCAGAAGAUACUGAAGCUGACAGAGCAGAUCAAAAUUGAGCAAACAGCCCGUGAUGACAACGUGGCAGAGUACCUGAAAUUGGCCAACAAUGCAGAUAAGCAGCAGAGUGCCCGCAUCAAGCAAGUGUUUGAGAAGAAAAAUCAAAAGUCAGCCCAGACCAUCUUGCAGCUGCAGAAGAAACUGGAACAUUAUCAUCGAAAGCUGAGAGAAAUUGAACAAAAUGGGAUCCCUCGGCAGCCAAAGGAUGUCUUCAGGGAUAUGCAUCAGGGUUUGAAAGAUGUUGGAGCAAAAGUCACUGGAUUCAGUGAGGGAGUGGUAGACAGUGUAAAAGGUGGGCUUUCCAGUUUCUCCCAGGCUACGCAUUCAGCAGCAGGAGCUGUGGUUUCCAAACCCAGGGAGAUUGCCUCCCUCAUAAGGAACAAGUUUGGGAGUGCAGACAACAUUGCUAAUCUGAAAGACUCCUUAGAAGAAGGCCAAGAAGAUGGGACAGGAGGCAAGGCUCUAGGUGUUAUUCAGAACUUUCAGUCAAGCCCAAAAUAUGGCAGUGAAGAGGAUUGUUCCAGUGCCACGUCAGGCUCGGUGGGAGCCAACAGCACAACAGGGGGCCCUGUGGGAGCUUCUAGCUCCAAAACAAACACUCUGGAUAUGCAGAGCUCAGGGUUUGAUGCAGUACUGCAUGAGAUUCAAGAAAUUCGAGAGACACAGGCAAGACUGGAAGAAUCAUUUGAGGACCUUAAGGUUCGCUACCAGAGGGAUUACACGUUGAUAAUGCAGACCUUGCAGGAGGAGCGGUACAGAUGUGAAAGACUUGAAGAGCAGUUAAAUGACCUGACUGAGCUCCACCAGAACGAGAUCCUCAAUUUAAAACAGGAGCUGGCCAGCAUGGAGGAAAAGAUUGCCUAUCAGUCUUACGAGCGAGCCCGGGACAUCCAGGAGGCACUGGAAGCGUGCCAGACGCGCAUCUCCAAGAUGGAGCUGCAGCAGCAGCAGCAGCAAGUGGUGCAGUUGGAGGGGCUGGAGAAUGCCACGGCCAGGAACCUACUGGGGAAGUUCAUCAACAUUUUGCUGGCUGUCAUGGCUGUCCUCCUCGUUUUUGUCUCCACUGUGGCCAACUGCGUCGUGCCCCUGAUGAAGACUCGCAAUAGGACGUUCAGCACUUUAUUUAUAGUGGUUUUCAUUGCCUUUUUGUGGAAGCACUGGGAUGCCAUCACCGGCUACUUGGAACGAUUCUUGUCUCCCCCCAGAUGAUGGUGGCAGGAAUGGGCUGUGCCGCUCCCUCCUCGCGCUCUUGGUGAGCAAGUGUGGCAAAGAUUAGUCAGCAACUACUCCGCUGAAGUUUUAAAGUGUCCGAGUGAAUUUGUUUACAUUUAGAAUAACGUUUUUUCUCUGCAAGAUGCAUUGCAAUAGUAUUUUUUAGAUUUUAUUCAAGAACUCUUUUGGUGAGAAUCCUGGAUAAUUUUUAUGUAGCAUGGUUCUCUUUGGAUGCAAAUCUUAAGAUUCUUUAAAGUGUAUAAAAGAAAUUAAUAAAAUACAGAAAUUUGGAGCAUACCAAUGGGCAAUUUAAAUUGUGGCUUGAACUACUGUACUAAACCUGUCAGGAAGAAGAGAAUGUGGUUAGCUUAAGAUGAGCAAAGCUCAGUCUAGUGCACAGCCUUGAAUGAUGGUACCACAGCAAACCUGAAACACUAAACUUUUACUGUGAAGUCUGCCCA